CGUAGAUGCGCUGUUGUUCAACUGAUUUUCAGUUGGGAGGGAAGGUGUGCCGUGUUGGCGGCCAGUGUAAAAAAGAGCUGUCGCUCAAAGUGCAAUGUUAAAAAUUCAACUGAAGUUUCAAAAUGAAAUAACACCAACAAUAGCAACAACCACAAACGUAUAGCAAUCAACCAACAAUAGCUUUAACAACAUAAGAAUAUUUAAUAUUUUCAAUUGCCAUCAACGCAAUUCCAUUUAAGUAAGAAAAAAACCAAAACACGACAACAACAAUAUAACGGUGUGCCUACAACAACAACAAUAGCAGGAGUACAAGAAACACUUUGUUUAGCGGUGAUAGUCACAGCAACAACAAUAACAACACUGGGGAACAAGCAGCAUUUGGUCGAACACGCGGGGUGGUGGACGGGCGUCUUGGGGUGAAACCGCAACCAAAUAGUUUCAACACCGUUUACCGGAAGUUGGAUUUUUCGUGAACGCAAAGUGGUAGACUUCAGAGCAUGGAUGCUACGACUGUUGAAUCUAUAAUCGCAAUGCCGCUGGGCGCCGCCAGCAACAGCAAUACCAACAUGAGUUGUGGCAGCAGCAGCAGCAGCAACAGCAGUGGCUAUGCGAGCGCCACUACCCCCACGAAUCCCGCCUCGGCCGGCAGUAGCAGCAGCCACAGCCAAUAUUCGGACUCGCAUUCCAACACACCGGUGGGCUUGGUCGAGCCGACACCUGUGGCCACGAUAGCUGCCGUAACGCCGUACUACAAUGAAACGUUCCAGCAGCAACACCACCAGCAACAACAACAACAUCAACCACAACUUCAUCAUCCACCACAUCCACAGUACCCACACCAAACACAUUCAUAUCAAUUAACGGAGCCCUUGCCCACAUCCUCGCAAUACGAUAACACCUACGAUUCGUACACUUAUCUCAGCGGUGGCGAAAGCUAUCAGCAGUCCAGUGGUGGGAGUGAACGCAAUUUAUUGGGCAUGCGGCAUGCUACAUCGCAUUAUACAACCUUGGAGAAGCCAAGUAAGCAGCCCACACAAACGGCUAUACAGCCUCACACUAAUACUGCCAAAAGCAACAAAAUUUACAAUAACAACAGCAGCGAAACCGCGCUCCGUUCUACAAAACGUAUUGGUGAGUCGAACACGGCCGCUAAACCGCAGGCCGCCGCAACGCCGUUCUAUGCGAAUUCAUUGCAAACGGGUGGUUCGGGCACCUAUGGGGACCCCAUCAAAUAUAGAAUGUCUACUGGCACCAAAUUGCCAACCCUUGGCGAUUAUCUGAACUACGGGAACCAACCAUUAGAUAUUAGCAACACAGGGAAUUAUACGCAAAGCUUUUCGCAGCAUCACGCAGGAAAACCGCUGCAGGACGUGCCGUAUGGUGCGAGUCCGACGCAAGUCAAAACAUUCAACAACAUGCCAAACACGCGCUUGCCGCAACAACGUCUGAGCAUGCAUUACGGCAAUACAGCAAUGCCUGUCGGCAUUCCUAUCGGCAAUGCGUCGAAUAACAGUAACGGCAGCAACAGCAGUAGCAGCAUUUAUAUCGAUAAGUAUGAUAAAUAUUUGUACAAUGCAGUGAGCACCGUGGCACAGUCACCGUACUAUACAACCACACCACCCGCCAACCUCUCAGCAAUGCCCUACAAUGCAGUACCGUACGCACCCGCGCCGCCUGCGUCUACGUCAGUCCCACCACAGUAUGCUGCUGAAAUUCCCAACGACGCCUACCGCAAGUCAUCGGCCACGUCGGCUUGGCACUGGAGCAUGGACUAUUCCAACGGUAAUUGUCGCACGCUGCCGCCGCCCAACGGCAUACCGACUGCCGCCAUACCGCCGACGAAUGCUAGCUAUGUACCGACUAACGCCACAGCCGCCGCCAAUCGUGAUAUAUACUAUAGUGCUGAGAAGUAUAGCAACAAAUAUGAUAAGUACAAUUCAUAUUAUAACCCACACCAACAGUAUAUGACGUCGAAUGCGACUGGACGUAGUGCCUGGUCGAAUUCGCCGCAUUCCUCAGCACACCUUGUACCCACACUAGCCGAACGUUUGUCACACCCUUAUCCACACCAUGCACCGCUAACUACGGGCGGCGUGCCAACCGCUUUGGCGCCGUCUGCACAUCCCUCCCUCGCAUAUCAUCAUCCCUACACGCCUUCCGCGGCUACAGCCACUGCGCGCCAAAAUUGUUGCUCACAAUUUCAACAACAAAACUGCUAUUAUCCUCGUACGGCACACCAUCCUCACCUUCCACCGAACACGUAUAGCCCACACUCGCAAACGCCACCGUACGGCACCAGCAGUACUGCAGUCGGCAGCGGUAACAGUCCUGUCAUCAAAUAUAACGUGCUAGAUUAUGGACCAGCCAACAAAUCAAAGGUGAAUACAAAUGAUGUCUACGCUGCAACGCCCGCAUACGAAGCGACGAAUAUGAAUUAUCAUUCCCAUCCGGCAGGUAUGGCUCACAAUGCUCAAUAUGGGAACGCUAUGGCACCUACUACCGUCGUUGCACAUCCACCGCUCAAUCGUAAUAUGACACCGGGUUCCCACAAUGACAUCACGACUGUUUAUUAUAAUGAUCUCAAUAUGCAAACCAACUAUGAUAACUAUAUGGGGCCUAUACAACCUACGCCGCUAGUUGAAGAACGACGUGAAAGUUUAGUCCAAAGAGUUGACCAUCUACCCAAUUUGCCACCACCCUACACGCAAUCUACUUCUACGAAGAAUUCGUUAAUCGACUAUCGGAAGCCCGCGGUCACACCAAAUGAUGACAGUUUCAUAGCAGAGCCAACGCUCACCAAUUUGGAUGAGCAUAUGGCUACCAAUAUGAGUCAGAACCAAUACGAUAAUAGCUAUGGUCUGACCAGAGCAUUGGAACCAAUCGACGACGGCAUGUAUGGCAAAGCAAUAACGCGUGAGAGUACAGUUAAGCCUGGUAACCCAACACCGACAACACCCACCACUAAAACCUACUCUAGUUUGCGUGAUUUUCUCAGCACAUGGAAUGAGGAUGAGGAGGAUUACGGUGGCGCUGAUGAGCUACAGUUUGUUGAGAACGCACCACCAGCGAUUGAUCAAGUCAUGCGUGCCGAAAACAAUACUAACUGUGUUGAAGUAAUAAAUAAAAUGUCGAGCUUGCAAGAACUUCCCACCGAAGCGAAUACACCAGCUGCCUAUGUUGGGGACUCCGCACCGCUAUAUAGGGCACAACCCCAACCCCUAGUUAUAAAUAACUUGCAAUUAAAAGAAGAUUAUUAUCAACACCCAAAGACUCAACCAAGCAUUGGCGCUGGUAGCACCGUUAAUAUGGAGGAAAGUCAGUAUGCAAAUAUAAACUUACCUGACAUUGUCAUCGAUAUUGAGAAGUCCGGUGGCGGAACACCAAAUAUAUCAGGCGCAACUAAGGCACCAAGCAACAACAAUGUUGUCGAAAAAUCCAAUGACAAGGACGUAAGCUAUGAUUGCUUCGAUGUAGAAAAAGAGCUCGAUGAACUAGAAUCAAUAAAGAUGGUAAAGAUACCAAAAAUUAAUACCGAUACAACGCCCAUACGCAACGGUAGCGUCAUCAUGAAGGCGGCUACCGAAGCGCUCGGAGUAGUUACACCCAAUGCAAUGCUCGAAUCAGAAAAUCUUGAAAUAAUUGCGAGCCUUAAAGCCGUAAAUACUCCUGCUGUACAAAAAAUGGCGGAUAAAGUGGAGAAAGACUUUUGUUUCUCAGAGCACAGAGCAGAACAGUCCUUAUUAACCGUCCAGGCAAAGAGCGACAGCACAUUCGAUAGAAGUAUUGAAUGUGACAAUACAACCAGUUCGAAUGGUUCCACAUUUGAGAAGGAAUACGAAACCUUCAUUAAUAAGAUAGGAAAUGAGUUUGAAUACAAGGUUAACAGUAACAAUGAGAACAAUUUUACUGCAGCUGUAAGCAACAAAUUAGUUCAUUCUGAUAUCAAUACAAAUGUUGCCGUAAACCAGGAAGUGCCAACAAAUGAAAUAAAUAACACAGCGGUCAAACUAAAUACAGAAAGUGAUAUGGAGAUAGCACAAAAAAUUAAAAGUUUUUCGAAGUUUCAUAAACGGAAACGAAAAUUUUCGGAAACGACCAAUAAUGCAAGUAAAAUUCCGAAGCAAUCGCACGAUCUUGAACAAGAAGUGAAUAAGGAAACUAAUUUUAUAGAGACCUUCUCCAAACCUUGCAGAAAAAAAGACUAUAAUGUCCCUUUACACACACUUCGCUUGAAAUAUAUAAAAAAAAGAGAAAACAAAGGUCCUUCUUUCUAUCAACGGAGGAUACGGGCACUAUAUCAUCAUUUCGUUAAGAUUAACAAACGACUUAUUAUAUCCAGUCUGUUAAGAGAAGAAAUGGUCAAAGUGUCGCAAAAACACUUACCGUUAAUCGACCGCAUAAAUAGCACUACACUACCAACUAGAGAUGGGAGCGAUAUCAAACAAUAUUUCAAUCCGAAAACAUUGAAAUUCCUAUGUGUGGCUUUCAUUAACUCAGAGCUGUUCCAAAACAAACUCUUGAAGGGUGUUGAAAUUUCAAAAGAAAUUGAUAAAAUCCCAGAAACAAAUAUCAAUGAGGAAAGUGUAAGGGAUAGUCCAAUACCACAAGAGGUGAAAGAUUGUGAAGCGAAAGAAAAUACUAUCAACGAGGUCUGUAAUAAGAUAACAUGUCCACCUUCAUUGUCAUCAUUCGUUGCAGAAAACAUUUUUGAAGAGAAUGUUCGAAACGAAGUUUCUGAUAGAACUUCAGAAAUUGACGAGUCAGAAUAUUCAAAACAGUUACCGGAAGAACCACCAAUAGCUGAAUUGGGUCUCGAGAGCAUUGAGGUUACUCAAAACGACAUUAAUUUGAAGAAUCACAUUGAUUUUGACAUGCCAACUACUUUGGAUGUGAAGGAUUCAAAAAUGGAGCUUGAUAGCAUUGAAACGGAUGAAAUCGAAAAAGAAGUUCACAGUCCUGAUUGUAUUACAGAACCAAUGGUUCAUAGUGUGGAAGCUAAUGCAGAAAGCAUUAACACAAGGCCUAAAUAUGAUGAUAAACAUGACCGAAAUGUUGAUAGAAUGGGAAUUAAAGAAAUUGAAUCCGAAGCCUAUGAUGGUGAUAUAUCAGGUGAUGGUGAAAUCGUAACCACGAAACUUUUAACAAAAGGCAUUGACAAACCCUUUUCCGAUUUAAAUACAAGUGUAAAUAUGAUGGAUAUUUUAGAGAACCAGUGGAUUUGCAAUGAAAGUGUUGAAAACAGAGUGCCUGAUGUAGAGAACUUGGCAUGUUUAACCAAAGAUCUCGUAAACCAAGUAAUUCCACCAAAUGAUUCUGAAGAUCAUGUGAAUGAGAUCACCGAAAAUACCAGACAAAAAGCGACAGUUACUGAUUUAGUUCACGAGAAUGUUGAAAAUAGGGAGUUGGAAGCAAUGGAUCUGACGUGUUCCGCAGGAGUUGAGGAGAAUUCAAUACAUAAUCAGAAAACAGAAGUACCUGAAUGUGCAAUCUCCGUACCUCAGAAUGAGAUAACGUUAUCUGAAUUUUCAGGACCGUGCAGCAAUAUGGAUCUCGAAGACGCAUUUAAGGUUGCUGAAUAUCCAUCAAGAAUUGAUGGAAGUCCUUUAUCCGUCAUGGAAGUUGCUGUAAGUCCACCCACAACUCCGCAUAUGGGUUCUCCAGUACAUAUGAAGAGCGAAAACAGUAAUGACACAGACAUUAUAAUGCUAAACGCAUUUGAUUUAGGCGAGCAAGCAAAACAACCAAAUCACUUCAAUAGAGAUGUAGAUUUAUCUGAAACAGAGAAUAGCCUUGAUAUGUUUGGAGCUAGAAGAAGUGCAGAACAUUUCACAACAACGUCGAAAAAUUACUUCACGACGAAUAUGGAUCUUGACGAAAAUUCAUCAGACAGUAAUUCAUCGAGUAGUGCUGAUUCAUCCACAUCAUCUUCUAGCCGCAUAUCGAGCACAUCCUCAUCGUCCAGUUCCAGUUCGUCCACGGACGAAAAUUCUCAAAGUAGCUUAACAACGGUACAAAGCGAUUUCAAUGAAAUGAAGGAGUUGGAAAGAGAACUCUCGCAACAUCAGGCAAAUGAAGCGGGUAUCUCAAUAGAGCUUGAAAAUGGCGAAAAGACUGCGGCAGCGACCAAUAUCGAAGAUAACUGUGGCAAUGAAGUAUAUAUCAAUUCGUCGAAAACUAUAACGGAGAACGACAUUAAAACCUUGAAAAAAAUAUUAGAAAGUGAUAGUGACGGGCAUGAAGAGAUAAGUACAAACCGUGAGGAUGUUAAAGCCGAGCUUGAAAAUGGCGAAAAGACUGCGGCAGCGACCAAUAUCGAAGAUAACAGUGGCAAUGAAGUAUAUAUCAAUUCUUCGAAAACGAUAACGGAGAACGACAUUAAAACCUUGAAAAAAAUACUAGAAAGCGAUAGUGAUGGACAUGAAGAGAUAAGUGCAAACCUUGAGGAUGUUAAAGCCGAUACAAUAGACGUUGAAAAGCUAAGUGCCGACAAAACAACAAGCGUUUCGAAAGAGCAACAAACAGAUACAGUAAAUGGUGUGGCGGAAGAUAACAAACUAAUGCAAAAUGAAGAUUGCGUUGCAAGUAACGGUGAAGUAAACGUGACAAUGCCUACGGCAGAGCGUGACUGUAUUGGUACGGAGGUGGUGGAAGAGUGCGUAGAGAGUUGCGAGAAGUCGUGCGAUGUCGAAGGUUUGGCGCGUGAACUCGCAGUGGAUGAAGACCAGCCGCAGAACGAACCUGUGUUUUGCGCAGCAAUAAAUAUCGAUGAUAAUGAUGAUGACAGCAGUGGAGUACCGAGUUUGAAGAAACUAUCGCUGGACUAUAUAGAGCGAGUAACUUCCAUUGAAAAUCAUACGCUAAAUAACCGAACUGAGGAUGCGUUAAAUAGUAAAAUACCAAAGCUAAGUGACCUUUGUAAAAUUGCCUUAAGUAGUUCCUUUGAAAUUAGCGCCAACAACAACAGUAACAACAACACAAACCAAAACACGCCCGAAGCGUUAGAGCGUGAAUUGAGCGUUGAAGAAGCUUUAGCCGAAAUGUAUCGACAAGCCGGUGUCACAUCAGAUCCCGAAGAUGGCGAUGCUGAGGAGAGAGAAGCUCAAGAUGUAGUACUAAUUAAUUUAGAAGAAAUUUUAGUUAACGAUAGUGAUUUAUAUGUUUUACAAUGUGAUAUGAAUGAAAAUGUGCUCAGCGUUGUGGCGCAUGCGCAGGCCAGCGAUUUGCCCAUGCAAGUCGAUGAAGGUGUAGAAGAUAUUGAAAGAACUGUAAAUGCUGAAAUGCAUGCAGAAGAAAUGAUGGGUUUAGAAAGUCCACAAGAAGAGGUGGUAGUGACCGAUGAUAUGCAAACCGAUUAUCUCGAGUCAUUAGUGAAUGUACACGAUGCCGUAGAUAAUUCCCCAUCUGCACUACCGUUAACCCCAUACAUUACACCCCCACACACAGUAGAGUACGUUGAAGAUGAGUUGAGGAUCACGAACGAUGACUCACUCAAUACACAAUUCGAUUUUCCCGCCAUACAUCACGAAGAAAUCGUCUCGCAUGAUUACAAGCGGCUCAAACGACAGGCCCCACCAUGGUAAUCGUGUACUCAAAAAAUAUAUACAUCGUUGGAUAUUGCAAUGCUUGAUAGCGAGAUUCAGGGAGCGCGAAUUGAGGAAGGCCCACAUGUAUGUCGAAGAGUAGUGAGGUGAGCAAACCGAUACUACGCUUUACUGAAAGACUUGCGAAUGUACUAACGGUUUUGGGUACUUUAAUUUAAGGACAUUUGGGGUUUGAUAUAGAGUGUUUAAAACAAAGUGAGUCUAAAUUUGGUUUUCUUUAUGAAGCGUUUCAAUAAGAAUUGCAUGUGUGGCAUGGUUUGGGAGCUAAACUUCUGUGACUAUAGUGUGGUUUAGCUUUACAUCUUUGAGUUAACAAGAAACAUUCAAAUCAGCAAGCUUGACGCUAUUGCUUUAAGGGAUUAGGCCAGUCUAGAGUUCCCAAAAAAGAUCUAACUUUAAAAAUGUUUCAGGGAGUAAGGAAAAAUGUAUCUACUUUCUCCCUUUUAUUCUUUAUUGUGCAUAUAUGUAUUUGGGUCAAUAUUCAGAACCACCUUUUUCUAGAAGACUUAGGGGGCCACCAUGACUCUUAGAACUCGUGCUAUCUGAAACAAAAUAAAGAACAAAAGAUAAAAUUUGGUAGUAAAGUACAACCAAUAACUUAAGACAAAUUUUCCCCAUAGCGGCCUUGUAAAAAGUGGUUCAACCGGAGAAAAUGAACAGUAAAUUUUGUAGAAAAAAAUAUAAUAUAAUAACACACCAAUCCAAUGGAGUUUACCAACUAAUUUACUAGUAUCUAAAGAAAGUUUUUAGGACCCUACAGUGUCGCGAACUGGCCUAACCUUUAUGAUUUUUUUGAGAUCCGCUAAGAAAUGUUUAUUUAAAGACAUAAAUGGCACGUGCUGACACAUUUUCAAUACUUCCUUUAUCAAUUUUUAUAUGUAUUAUCUAGUAAAAGACACAAUGCAACAGUUAUAGAUUACCAUAUCUUUUGUUUGUCAUUGGAAAACAUGUAUUGUACGAAGAAUCUCAUGACACUAAAAGUCGUUUAAAAAUAUAUAUAUUUUUCCCCAACUACA